AUGGCUUCUGUUGAAUUGUUAAAGAUUCUUGAAGAUCCUGAUCUUUAUGCAAAGAAUUAUCAUCUUGUACGAGAGAAUUUAAUCGAUAAGAUAAAAUCUCAAGAUAAGUUAAUAGAGGAUUUGAAUGAUGAUUUAGAGACUAGCAAGACUGCCAAUAAGGCAUUUAAACAAGCAUUAUCAGAAAUAGGAACUGUGGUUAUUUCUGUUGCCAUGGGUGAUUUAUCUAAAAAAGUUGAAAUUCAUACUGUUGAAUCUGAUCCUGAAAUUUUAAAAGUUAAAAUUACCAUUAAUACUAUGAUGGAUCAAUUACAAACAUUUGCUUCAGAAGUUACCAAAGUUGCAACUGAGGUCGCCAAUGGGGAAUUGGGUGGUCAAGCUAAAAAUGAAGGUUCUGUGGGUAUUUGGAGAUCUUUAACUGAUAAUGUCAAUAUUAUGGCUCUCAAUUUAACCAAUCAAGUCAGAGAAAUUGCUGAUGUUACUAGUGCAGUAGCCAGUGGUGAUUUAUCUAGGAAAAUUAACGUACAUGCUCAAGGAGAAAUUUUACAAUUACAAAUGACUAUCAAUACUAUGGUGGACCAAUUGAGAACUUUUGCUUUCGAAGUCUCUAAAGUUGCAAGAGAUGUCGGAGUAUUGGGUAUUUUAGGUGGCCAAGCUGUUAUUGAAGGCGUCGAAGGUAUUUGGAAAGAAUUAACUGAUAACGUAAAUGCUAUGGCUUUAAAUUUGACUACUCAAGUCAGAAAUAUUGCUAAUGUUACUACUGCUGUUGCCAAAGGAGAUUUAUCGAAAAAAGUUACUGCUGAUUGUAAAGGAGAAAUUCUUGAUUUGAAAUUGACUAUCAAUCAGAUGGUGGAUCGAUUACAGAAUUUCGCCUUGGAAGUCACCACUUUAUCAAGGGAAGUCGGUACUUUAGGUAUUUUAGGGGGUCAAGCUAACGUUCAAGAUGUUGAAGGUGCCUGGAAAGCUGUCACAGAAAACGUUAAUCUCAUGGCCACGAAUUUAACGAAUCAAGUCAGAUCAAUCGCUACGGUUACCACUGCUGUUGCUCAUGGUGAUUUAUCUCAAAAAAUUGAUGUUCAUGCUCAAGGAGAAAUUUUACAGUUGAAGAACACUAUCAAUAAGAUGGUGGACUCAUUGCAAUUGUUCGCUUCUGAAGUUUCUAAAGUUGCUAGAGAUGUGGGUAUCAAUGGUAAAUUGGGUAUUCAAGCUCAAGUCAGUGAUGUUGAUGGUUUAUGGAAAGAAAUUACUUCUAAUGUCAAUACUAUGGCUUCAAAUUUGACAUCCCAAGUCAGAGCUUUUGCUCAAAUUACAGCUGCUGCAACUGAUGGUGAUUUCACCAGAUUCAUUACCGUUGAAGCAAGUGGUGAAAUGGAUGCCUUGAAAACCAAAAUUAAUCAGAUGGUGUUAAACUUAAGAGAAUCUAUUCAAAGAAACACAGCUGCCAGAGAAGCUGCUGAAUUAGCCAAUAGUGCUAAGUCAGAAUUUUUGGCUAACAUGUCACAUGAAAUCAGAACACCUUUGAAUGGUAUAAUUGGUAUGACUCAAUUAUCCUUAGAUACCGAAUUAACUCAAUACCAAAGAGAAAUGUUAUCAAUCGUCCAUAAUUUAGCCAACUCAUUAUUAACAAUUAUUGAUGAUAUCUUAGAUAUUUCUAAGAUUGAAGCCAACAGAAUGACUGUGGAACAAAUCGACUUCUCCUUGAGAGGAACUGUUUUCGGUGCAUUGAAAACCUUAGCUGUUAAAGCAAUUGAAAAAUCGUUGGAUUUAACCUACCAAUGUGAUUCCUCAUUCCCCGAUAAUUUGAUUGGAGAUUCGUUCAGAUUAAGACAAGUUAUCUUGAAUUUAGCAGGUAACGCUAUCAAGUUCACUAAAAAAGGUAAAGUAAGUGUAUCGGUCAAAAAAUCAGGUAAAACAUCUGAAAAUGGCGACAAGUUGCUUUUAGAAGUUUGUGUUAGCGAUACAGGUAUUGGUAUUGAAAAAGAUAAAUUGGGAUUAAUUUUCGAUACCUUCUGUCAAGCAGAUGGUUCAACCACCAGAAAAUUUGGAGGAACUGGUUUAGGUUUAUCCAUUUCUAAACAAUUGAUCCAGUUAAUGGGAGGAGAGAUUUGGGUUACUUCAGAAUAUGGACAUGGAUCUAACUUCUAUUUCACCGUUAGUGUUUCACCAUCAAACAUAAGAUAUAAUAGACAAACUGAACAAUUAUUACCUUUCAGUUCUCAUUAUGUUUUGUUCAUUUCUACUGAACAUUCUGAUAGUGAAUUGAGUGAAAUUAAGAAUGGAAUUGAAGAAUUAGGUCUCAUUCCAAUCAUUGUACGUGAUAUUAAAGAUGCCAAUUUGACUGACCCUGUGAAAUAUGAUAUAAUUAUGAUCGAUUCCAUUGAAAUAGCUAAAAACUUAAGAUUGUUACUGGAAGUUAAAUACAUUCCGUUAGUCUUAUUACAUCAUUCAAUUCCCGAAUUGAAUAUGAGGGUCUGUAUCGAUUUAGGUAUUUCAUCAUAUGGUAACACUCCUUGUACAAUUACGGAUUUAGCAUCAGCCUUAUUACCAGCAUUAGAAUCAAGAUCCAUCUCCCAAAAUUCAGAUGAGUCAGUGAGUUAUAAGAUCUUAUUGGCUGAAGAUAAUUUAGUUAAUCAAAAAUUAGCUGUCCGAAUCUUAGAAAAACAAGGCCACGAAGUUGAAGUUGUUGAGAAUGGUUUAGAAGCAUUUGAAGCUAUCAAAAAGAAUAAAUACGAUGUGGUGUUGAUGGAUGUUCAAAUGCCAGUGAUGGGAGGUUUUGAAGCAACAGAAAAAAUUAGGCAAUGGGAAAAGAAGUCCAAUCCUAUCGAUUCUUUAAGUUUGAGAACCCCAAUUAUUGCAUUAACAGCUCAUGCGAUGUUGGGAGAUCGUGAAAAGUCAUUGGCGAAAGGUAUGGAUGAUUAUGUUUCUAAACCAUUGAAACCGAAAUUGUUAAUGCAAACUAUCAACAAAUGUAUUCAUAACAUUAAACAAUUAAAAGAAUUAUCCAAACAAAACAAUUCCAAUAGAACUUCAAAUUUCGCCAAAAAUUUGAAGAAUGGAUCAAUCGAAUUGAAUAUGUCUUCAACAAGUUCAACAACUAAUAGCUCCCCCAACGAGAGUAAUAAAAUCAUUCAAUUACCUGAUGAUCCAAGACCACCAACUGCAAAAAUCAAGAAAACUAAUUCUAAUAAUGAUGUUUUAACGACUAAUGAUUUGAAUGGCAAUAGACCAAGAUUGGAUAGUCGAUCAGUCACAGAAUCCAGUAUCAAAGUAUUGAAAUCUGAUGAUUUAUAG